AUGGACUUGCCCAACACACCUAUAUAUCCUCGUUCUAUGCCCUUGGGCUUCGAUCAAUUGCUCACGAAACCAGACUCGCUCAGGGCUGAUGGCGAGUACUCUCUGCUCAAAAACAACUUGUUGACCAGAAGGUCCCUAUUGGCCUCCAGUGCCUCUUUGUCUGAUUUGAAGCGAGUGAUUGUUGGAUUGGAUGACUACAUCCAUUCGUUGUUUGACUACUUGGGCUGCUUCUCGUCGAGCCUCAACUCCUCCAACUUCCAGGGAGUAGCCAGCAGAAUUUUUUUCUUCGAUGCCAGAAAGCAGCUUAAUGGUGCCAGUGGUGGUGAUGCUAAAGGAAAAGAGAGCCCCAGGUUUAGCAUCCCCUGGAGGUUGCCCAUAACAGAGAACCAGAGAAUAGAGAGAUGGUCUUUGCUAGAAGAAAUCAAAAUAUGUGUUAUCUCAAUUGCACUAUGCUAUUCAAACUCCACUGUCAAUCUUAUCAAUUCUCACUUGAUAGAGAUUAAUGACAACAUCAGUAAAGAGGAGUACGAUAAUAAAUGGAAAUCAGUUACUAAUUUAUACAAAAAGUCUCUUUCUUUUAUGUCCUUUUUAGAUCAGUUUGAUUUUAACAAUAAUAAUGAUAACCAUAUAUUUGAAUUGAGUUCAAAUUAUAAACACUUUAUUAGCAAUUUUUUGAAUUUGAAUCUACAAUCAAUCAUCUUGAUAAAAUAUUUUUGGAAUGAAAGAUACAACUCAAUAAUUAAUGAUUUAGAAUUUGGGAUUGAUAACUUGAAUGCACCUAGUAAAGUGACAAUUUCAACAUAUUCUCUAUUAAUUAGAUCAUCCUCGUUUGUAAAAGAAAAUCUAAAUCUUUUAUUGCAAUUAUUGCCAACGAAUUAUAAUAAUUGUUCGGUUUCAAAUCUCAAAUUGCUUAAAAAUUGUUUGAAUUUAUUCGUUGUAUACAAUGAUUUAUUCCUUAUAAAAUAUAAAUCCUUUGAAAAUUAUUAUAGUAGUUUAUCUGAUGAUAUCUCAACCUCAAUUUCCUUAAUAAAUUACGGGUUUUAUCUAAUCAAUUAUGAGUAUACUAGUAAAGAGGGUCAAGAAUUUCAAAAGGAUAGGCUUAAUGAUGAUAUAGAUAAUAGUAAUAGUAAUAGUAAUAGUAAUAAUAGUAAUAGUAAUAAUAUUGAUAAUAAUAAUGAUAAUAAUAGUAAUAUUGACAAUAGUAAUGACAGUAAAAAAAAAUACACAAAACAUUUGCAUUUCAAAUCCAAAAAAUUAAUGAAUUUUAAGAAAACUCGUAAUUUGAAAAAGAUAGAAAAAAAAACCAAUGAAAAUUUCAUCACUAACAGUAACAACAAUAAUAACAGUGGUCAAAAUGAUAUCAGUAAUAUUGGUAAUGACAAUAUCAAAAACUUUGAGAAAAAUAAAGAACUUAAAAAACUUCUUAAAAAUCCUAAAAUUAAUGAAAUUUUAAAUAAGAGAAGCUCAAAUUCAUUAAUUUUCAAAAAUUUAAAUUACUUGUUAAUUAAUUUAAAUAACUUUAACAUUAAAUUGAAAAAGGAAAAUGAUAACAUCUCAUUUAAUAAAGUACAUGUUAUUGGAACAAAAGAUUUUAAUAAUUUAAUACCAUCUGGCAUGGCAAUUCCAACUCAAUAUGAUUUUUGGACACCUCAUUCUUUUGAUAAAAAUAAUAUUGGUAAUGAUGACGUGAGUAAUGAUUAUAAAGGUAAAGGAGCAUAUUAUUGA